ACGCGUGCUCGCGACUCCUCCCAUCACGGGCGUCGGUCAGGUGAAGACACUCGCCAGCAGUCGUCGGCUCGUCGCUCCUGUGACCCGCACCAGACCCGCUCCUUCGCGCCCCUUCAGUGACCCAGCCGGUCCGCCCCUCGCUCUUCUCCACACAACGACCACCAACAUUCCUGGACGUCUUACUAUGCCUCUUCUUCCUCCUCGUCGUAUUUCAAGGGCGAUCCUGAUGAACAACCUCGGCGUGGUGUUCGUUUCCCUGGUGGCUGCCUUCGUCCUCGUGUCCUCAGUCAACGCCACUCCCGUCAACAGGGAGGCCUCGCACGCGGUGGUCGAGAUAGAGGACCCGGACUAUGUGCUCGAGUUGUUGACGAGACUCGGCCACUCCAUCAUCAGAGCCAAUGAACUAGAAAAGUUCGUGCGCUCCCCCGGCACCGCCAAGCGCGGCCUGGACCUUGGUCUGGGGCGGGGCUUCAGCGGCUCCCAGGCGGCCAAACACCUGAUGGGCCUCGCCGCCGCCAACUACGCGGGCGGCCCCGGCAGGAGGAAGAGGGAGUCCGAGGCCGCGGCCCUUGACCUGCACCACGAUGACUCCCUGCACGCCCAGGAGAACGCCGCCGCUGCCGCCGCCGCCGCCGCCGCUGGCCUGCCCCCACACUCCUCCCGAUAAGCGGCUCGCCUCCCGCCAUGGCUGCCGCUGCUCCCCGCGUCCUCCUGUCCCCUAAACAAUUGUCCUCAGUUCCUCGCGGCCCUCACCCUCUACACCUCCAGGCCAUUGGUCGACUUCCCUCCUUCAGGUCCUUGGUUCCUCUACCCCGCCCCCACGAGGCAGCGGGCAGGCGCCAGGCCUGCGUCCUGCACUCAACGCUGUAUCUGUAGUCGCAUUCCAUAUACGAUAUGCGUAGUAGACUUCAUCUCGCCGGGAAGGACGUCCUCGGCGCCUCCUGCAGCCGCCCAGAGAGGCGAGACAGCGGCCUCGAUGGGAGUUUCCUUCACGGCCGACCUUUGGGGCCGGCGCAGAGGAGCCGCAGGAGACGGCUAGCCCGGCUAGUCUGGGGUCCCGCGCGCCCCGCCGUGGCUGGAGACUAGCACGAUGGCGCCCGCCGCUCAUGGGCCCGCCCCCCCUCGCCCCCCCUUCCCCAGGAGCACAUCACGCCCAGCUCUCCACGUGCUGCCGGAACCCAGGCGGCCGUGCCUCCAUCACAUGGCCCCGGGCCGGUCCUCACCUUUUCUCGCGGCGCCCGUGGCCCUGCACCCGCUGGCGGGCCGGGUCGUGCCCCCCGGCUGGUCAGGUCCCCGGGGCGGCGCUCUUUGCCUAAGUUCAUCGCCUAAGCUUCUCCGCUGACUCCUCGGUUCCUCCUGAGUGUGUUACUCUUGCCUGUGUUACGUUGAGGGCGGGGCGGAGCGGGGCGGGGCGGAGCAGGACGAGGCCGGGCGGGGCGGGGCGGGGUGGGGCUGGUCGUGACGGAUCGGGCGGGACCAGUGACCACGCUACCCCGCCCCGCCCCGCCCCGCGUCGUCCUGUGGGCUGGAAGUUGUCUCAGUAAGUUAAGACAAAGAAUAAUUACAUAUACGUGAGUGUAUAAGAAGCCAUUUCGUUCACGAUCAUGUAGAUAACAACAAACAAUAAAGCGUGUCGGUCCC